GACGCCAUUCCCCCCCUCGUGCAAUACGUGGUGAUGUUGGUGACGAAUGGAUGAGUGACGACCAAGACGUGACGUUUACGCCGCACCGAUUGAGUAGUUACUCAGUGCCCGACCAAUAAUCGUCAUUUUUUACCGAAUAAAUAUAUCGAGAAAAAAGUGUGAACCAAAAUAAUCUCGUCAAUCAGCGGCGCAGUAAGUAAAUACUGUAACUCCAGUGUUGAACUAAGUGCGAGCGACUCUACGUGUGUCCACUGUCCAUAAAAGAAGGAUAAACGCCAUACAAAGGCUACGUGGGUUAGGAAGUACAGUAUCCCGUCGUAAAAUUAAGGCCUUGAAGUGAACCAUCCACCAAAUAAAUACGAUUGAAUCCCCCGGGUUAAGUUAAAUCAAGGCAAAAUGGGACUGACUGUGAGUAGUUUGUUAACACGUCUAUUUGGAAAAAAGCAGAUGAGAAUACUGAUGGUUGGCCUCGAUGCAGCCGGUAAAACGACAAUUUUGUACAAAUUAAAAUUGGGGGAAAUAGUAACGACAAUACCGACUAUUGGAUUCAACGUUGAGACUGUUGAAUACAAGAACAUAUGUUUCACUGUUUGGGACGUUGGUGGUCAGGACAAAAUACGUCCACUAUGGAGGCACUAUUUCCAAAAUACACAGGGAUUGAUCUACGUUGUUGAUAGCAAUGACAGAGAGAGGAUUGCUGAGGCUGAGAGGGAGCUUGCUAAUAUGCUGAAGGAGGACGAGUUGAGGGAUGCUGUACUACUUGUUUUUGCUAAUAAGCAGGAUCUUCCAAAUGCUAUGACUGCUGCUGAAUUAACUGAUAAACUGGGCCUUAAUGCAUUGCGUGGACGUCACUGGUACAUUCAGAGCACUUGUGCAACCCAGGGACAGGGACUCUACGAGGGACUCGAUUGGUUGAGCAACGAACUCGCUAAAAAGUGAUCAAGUUUCAUCUAUUAAGAGUUUUUAUUUCCAUUGUACCAAUGAGCGAGGUGUCAUUAUCGCCCGAUAUUCAUGUACCGUGGAUAUCUCCUGAAUGAAAAAUCUAAUACUUUUAUUUCAUUGGUUUAUUACUAUUGAUUAAUUAUUUCUUUCUUCAUGAGUUCAAUUAUGAGAUGGUGGUAGAGUCCAAUCCAAUGGCGUUUUGGUACUGAAUAUUGUAGUUUUUUUUUAAUAUAAUGUUUAAGAGACACUCGUUUCGUUUGCCAACCACGUUUUUCACUUAUUCUGCUCUCACUAUUGCUUAAACUUUUGAAUUAUUAAUCGUGAAUUUAUAUUUUAUGGGUUAAAAAGAGGAAAAUGAUUCUGCGAAAUCGAUGUAGCUGUAUUACUGCAUCUGCGAGUAUUAUAACAGUUGCAAAAACUAUUAAUAUCAAUCUCAAGUUAAAACUGCUGUUUGUUUUUGUAUUACUUCGGUUUUUUACAAAUGAUUAAAGCUUCAGAGUGUGUCCUUCAUCAGAUAUCCAACAUGUACAUAUCAUUUGUAAAGAAAGUAUCCGAUAUCCUGCAAAUAAAUCACGAGAGGAAAUAACCA